AUGCCUGCCCAGCUAUCUGACCCCACAGAGUACCAGAAUAUCUUCCACUGGGCCGAGACCCAAAAAGAUGGGGCCAUUCCUUCAUUUGCUGUGAGAAAGAAUGAUCCGUAUGAGUAUCAAGUUGGAUUUGGGAAUCAUUUCGAAUCUGAAGCUGUUCCGGGAACAAUCCCACAGGGACAAAACAGCCCAAGAUGUGUCCGCUUCGGCUUGUACGCAGAGCAGAUGACUGCAUCUGCUUUCGUCGCUCCUAAAGGAAGUAACAAGAAUGCCUGGUUGUACAGAGUCCGACCAGCUGUGGCUCAUGAAGGCUUCACUGAUCUUCCAGACAACAAGGACAUGGAAUCAAACUUUAUACCCAGCAAUCCUAAAGUCCACGUUUCUCCUACGCAACUGGCAUGGCUUCCAUUCGAUAUCCCCACAGAAGGAGGUAUUGACUUCGUUUCUGGCCUGAAGACGAUCGCAGGCUCAGGGGAACCAACACUGCGAGAAGGUAUCGCUACUCACGUCUACACAGCAAACACGAGCAUGAGGCAAAAAGCUUUUGUGAAUUCUGAUGGCGAAUUCUUGAUUGUCCCUCAGCAAGGAAGCCUCGACAUCCAAACUGAAUUCGGCCCACUUUUCGUGCAGCCAGGCGAGAUCUGUGUCAUCCAGAGAGGUGUCCGCUUCCGUGUGGAACUUCCAGAUGGACCAUCUCGUGGCUAUAUUCUGGAAGUUUACGGCUCAUACUUUGAGUUGCCAGAACUUGGCCCUCUGGGCGCAAAUGGCCUUGCCAAUUCACGUGAUUUCCUCUAUCCCAAGGCCAAGUACGAGAUCAACAAGGACGGGUGGGAGAUCGUGUACAAGCUCGGUGGGAAAUUCUUCAAGAGCACUCAGGAGCAUUCUCCUUUUGAUGUUGUUGCAUGGCAUGGCAACUACAUUCCAUACAAGUACGAUCUCACCAAGUUCGUCAACGUUGGAUCAAUUUCCGUAGACCACAUUGAUCCAUCGAUCUUCUGUGUUCUCACCGCCAAGUCAAGAGAUCCAACUGCACCUCUCGCAGACUUCCUCAUCUUCUCGCCUCGCUGGGAUGUAGCAUCACACACCUACAGACCACCCUACUACCACCGAAACGUAGCAACCGAGCUCAUGGGCCUGAUCUACGGCGGCUAUGGAGGAAGAUCUGAUUCCUUCCAGCCAGGUGGCGUUUCUUUCGAGUGCGGGAUGGUUCCCCAUGGCGUCGCAUACGAGGAAUUCAAAGCAGCUUCUGCCCAACCACCGCCUGAAAUGCAGAUCUCGAAGGGCGCCAUUGCCUUCAUGUUCGAGUCGAGCAGACCGUUUACUGUCACGGAUUAUGCUUGGAAUAGCAAGAAGAAGCAUGAGCAUAACCCCAAGAUGUGGGAUAAUUUGGUGGAUAACUUCUCCACGCAUGCGAACGAGAUUGAGGAGAUGUUGAGCAGGGCGGCGAAUGGAAUGAAGAUAUUAAAUGGGCGUGGGUAUGCUUCUGGUAGUGCAUGGUGAGAUUCUGGGAAGGGAGAAUGACCGCUGGGUAACUGCUCUUCGUUUGUAUUUGUUGUUGUUGCGGAGAUGUUGGCUGAACUUGAGGAGGCUGCAAGCGCCAAAGGAACAGCUUCGAUUUAGCAAAUUGUUGCGUAGUUCUUCAUGUCUACGACGAUUAAUAUUCAUAUUACUUCUUUGUUGUCCAAGUAAGGAUCUGGGGCUCAAAGGUGGACUCAACAAAGCUUCG